UUGGUUUGCAGGGGUUACUUAAAUCGUCAUUUCGAUCGAGCAACGGAGGUGAAAAUGCCGGUGAGAGUGGUGGAAGCGUCGUCUCCAUCCGAAGUUCCAGGUACAAUUCCGGAAAACACUCUACCUCAGCCUUGUACACUGUUAAGUGUGGGUCAGGCUUUCUCUGGGACUCAAAAUGUAUCGAGUUUGCAAAAAGAUGAAGCAUGGAGAGUAAACGUGCGCAUCCAAGGUUGCGAUCUUGCUCAUGGAUACUUGUGUGGCACAAUGGAGGCCCUGAAUGUUCCUAUGGCAGAUACACCUGUUGUUACUUUCUGGGAAGGGGAAAUUGUCGACACCAAGAACUAUACUUUCUUCACUGGGAAGUGGGGAGCAACCGCGGAGGAUGACAUUAAACACUGGACAAAGUUCCCGUCCUUUUCACCAUUACAGAGCCAAGUGGAAGCAGAUGGUGGGAAAUCAUUGGACUUGAGUAACUACCCUUACAUAUUUAUGAGGUGGAAAGAGCAGUAUUUUGUGAAUGUCGGAACAGACUGUGGGCUCACAAUUGCUGGAUUUUAUUAUGUUUGCUUCUCCUGUAAUGAUGGUUCCAUCAAUGGCUUCUACUAUGAUCCUAACAGCAGCCCCUUCCAAAAACUGGAAUUAAAGUCCACUGAUGAUGGAAGAUCUGGAUUCAGUUUCUCCACUUAUGAGUUGCAAUAAUUUGAUAUCAGCCAUGCCCAAGCAGCUUGGUUCACAUUUUUUUAAUAUCAACAACUUAUUGGCUUAAUUUGAGAGACAUGGGAGGCUUAUCAAAUCCCCAAAUGUACCUUGAGUCUUUUAAGUUUGCAGCACUGUUUUUUUUUUAUUAAUUUGUUGUUGUUGAUGUGAAUAUAUAUAUAUUCCAGUUAUCCAAUUAA